AUGACUGUUGAAGAUCUUCCUGAAAAGCUGCUUAAAGUCAAGGGAAGAAGUCCACUGCGGCAAAAUUACGACAAUACUUACGUUAACCACAUGGCGUCCACGUCGAGGACAGUGACAGACUCGUCACUCAAAAGUAAGCUAGAGUAAUGCCUGCCUCGCAAAUCGGUACUUUGAGAGAAACUCCUUUAACUAUAGCUUUUCCGUGCGAAAUACCUGGUGGUAUACGCCCUUCACCACGUAAAUCUGAAUGUUUUUUUUUUUAACCAUGUGAAACCAAUAUUCAACACCUUGAUGAUCACAGUUGUAGUGAAAAUGUGUGAAAGACUUCCUUCGAUACUUCUCGAUUUGCCCAUCUGUCUAAUCGAACAUUCACGAGAAACUUUAAACGUAUUAAAGUUUAAAUACUUUAUUUUAACUUACCUUAAACGUAUUAGUAAUAAAAUAACAAGUGGAUACAUCCUUAUCGAUCCUUAAAUAGGCAUGAUUGUAGCCUGACACAUAGUUAGUAGAGGGGACCCCUCUACUAACUAUGCCUGACAUUGGAAAAAAAAAUUCGAGAAAAAAUACUAAAUUACAUAUGUUGCUGGUGACUGGUUUUUUGUUUAAGUACAAAUUCUGGGAAAAAAAGGUCUUCUUGUUUUUCCAACCAACAUGGCUGCCUUGUUGUGUGGUUGCCCCGGGGGGGGGGGUUAUAUGGGCUAUAUAGGUAUGUGCCGCUGUGAAGGGUAUGGUUUUCAAUUCGUUUACUCUAGGAUAGGGUAUAUAAAUCAGAGCGUUUGGGUCUAGAAUAGGGUAUCAUUUUUCAGGAAACUGAUCAGUUGGUUGAAGAUUUUAUCAAGACGGGGGAAACAGCCACUCUAAGAUAGGGGGAUUUGGGGAGUUUACUCUAGUAUAGGGUAGCAAAAUUCAGCUGAACUAGCUCUGGUAUAGGUGAAGGGUUCCAGGGUCCCAGCGGCACAUCCCCACCCAGAAAUUCCUAAAGUAACCCCCCCCCUCCCCCCCGGGUGGUUGCAAACCACUGCUUUGAGUCAACUGUAGAGAUCAUAAAACUGUGAAAGGUUUGAACCCAGGAGUCAUUUCAAAAGUAGGUUGAGUUUGAUCGUCCGGGUGAACGUAGUCCUGAAUAGGACUGUUGUUGUUGACAGUGACUGAUGUUUCGACAACCUGUGCGGUAGUCAUCUUCAGAGUCAAAGAGAGUUGUAUCACGUCAGUUGAUGGUUUUAUACUCUGGUUAUUGAUCUGAUUGACCAAUCAGAUCAAUAACCAGAGUAAAGGGGGGAAUUUCAUAUAUCCCAUGAUGCAUCGCUUGAUACUAUAUUAUCAAGCUUCUGAACGCACGUGAUCCUAUCAGUUCUCAUCAGUUCAACAGGGACGCGACAGUUGAACAACGGUGGAAAGCGACUUGUUUUGCCGAUAAAACCUUCUGUACCUUUGCUGUGUCGAUCUAUUUACGAUUUUCGUUCUACUAUUCCAAAUAUAUCUCUUGUUAAUUCAAAGAGAGUGUUUGGCCGCCGAUUAUUAGUUAACUACUCAGGGGCACCCAACGAGGAUAUAGUUCAAAACCACUUAACAUAGCAUUGUUCAAAGUAUUUUUGUAUUUAAACGUGAGAUAUAGGCAUCUUUUUAUCCCCUAAAAUUUUUCAUCUGUUCGGAUUUCCCACCUGAAAGUCUAGUGAUCCGAAAAUUAUAGGGAUCACAACUGACCUUUUCGAAAAUUUCAGCCAGGAAAAGGCUCCCGAAAAUUCUAGGUGGCCUUUUUUAGGGUAAAUAUCCGUUUAAAAUGGAUAAUUAUACUAUUUUGUAGAUGUCCGAAAAUCCUAGGAGGGGGAGGCAAGCAAGAAAUUUUACAACAAAUGUUCCGAAAAUUCUAGUUCUCAAAUCGUCUUCCGAACAGAUAUUUUCCCGAAAAUUACCGUUGGGUGCCCCUGACUACUGUAACUAGCCUUACGAUCGCAAGGCAAUCCACGCAAAUGUUCUUAGAAGCUAGCGAGGAAGGUCUUUGCUUCAGUACGUCCUGUAUUAACGUGCGUUGAUAAAGCUCUCCAUGGAUUUACAAGUGAUUCCCACGUACUUGUCUUGAAAUAAAUACAUAUUCUAGGUGUGAGAUUUCUCUUCGUUGCUUGUUUGUGAUCGCGGUGUUCAUAUUGUCAGUUCAAUAAUUCAUCGAUACAGUACAUCAACCGUUCGUUGACCGCACAUGCAUUUACUUCAACAAGCUCGGCUUAUGCAGUCGAAAAUACCGAGACCAUUAAAGUACAAAGUGACGAGUAUCGGAGAUAAAAUUCAAAGGAAGGGAAUAGCUCUAUAUUUUUCGUAACACAACACCAGCUAUGCAUUCGUCAUUAAGCAAUGGCAAAAUAUAUAUAUGAAACACCCACUUCCUCUUUACAGUGGAUCCAAAAGAAUUAUCAAAAUGUCUAUAAAGGUUUUAUGCGCCGGUUGAGGUCCUACGGCCUGCUAUUCCAUGACAUUUGCUGGCCUGUAUAUUUCAAGUUCGCCUCGCGCGGUUGCAACCGGAAGCCACCAUGAGAAACCAAUUUUACCUAAAAUAAUGAGACAAAAAAGCUUUAAUACUAUAAACCAGUGAAUUUAAACACUCAUCAUACUCAUCAUACCCUCAAGAGGUAAUACUUGAGUUUUGAUCAGCGAAAAAAGAGCGAAUUCAAGAAAAAAUGUCCCAUCUUCGCAGGACUUAGCAUAACGAAAUUGAAACCUUCGCCUUGCAUCGUAGCGGAGAAAGGGCAGAAAAUGCGAUAUUUCAAAACGAUCAAACCGAUAAAAAUCGCGAGGUCGAAAGAGGUCGGAGCGUGGAACUAGCAUCAAGCACCCCUUGUCCGCCGAUUUAUAUAAUUUAUUGGGGCAAAACCUUUCUAGAAUAAAGACAGUUUUCGAUAAUUGAAAGUCAUCUGAAUAAAUAUUCACUUGCGAGCUAAAACAGCAUGGCUUAACAGGGUCGUAAACGAGAGCAAUAAUGCGUGAAAUGACUUAAGAAACAUUUUACAUUAUCAAUCAGAUACCAAAGAUUAACAGGACUCAUUGAAACUUACCUUGGAUGAGCUGCAUCUUGAAAUUCAGGUCGUUGAAAAUCUCCCUCGAACCCCUCGAACGCUCUUUCCACCGCGAAGAGAAGACAGAAAUUAGCCGCCAAGCAUCAUGGGAUAUAUGAAAUUCCCCCCUUUAACCAGAGUAUAAUACCAGGCAAUGAAUAGGGGAAACAAAUGAGAAUUCAAAUUUUGAUCUUAGUGUUUAAAGAGUUAAAGGUAAACAACAAUGAAAGAAAAAGAGAUAAGAGUAGAUUCUUGGUACUUACACACAUCAUGUCCUUGGUUUAUUUAUUGAUUAAGUGUAAUGUGAUGUAUUUGCAAAGAUCUUUUCAUUCCUGGGUUAACUUUUUUAAUCACAUACAACUCUUGUCUGUUUUCUUUAGAGUCAAGGACAGCAGCACAGCAAGCUGAAAGUAACACUGGACCCUUUGUUGUAUUAGGUCUUAUCUUUGUAGCAUCUCUUGUAGCAAUGGCAUUUGUUUAUUGGAGCUUUCCUAAUCUUAAACCGUAAGUUUCUUUCUUCUUUGUAAGUUUAAUAGUAAGUUUUCAAAACUGUUAAUGGAUAUGAGUUCUAUAAGAGGAAAAUAUAACCAUUUGAAUUUGCUUGACAAAAUUUAUGCAAGGGCCUCUCUGACAUUUGCCAAUUUGAAAAUGGAAAAAUAAAGCUUUCCCUUCUCCAUCUCCUCCACCCAAUUUUAUGCUGCUGUUUGAGCUACCUGUAGAAAACAACAAACACCCCAACUUUGAAUGGAGGGGAGGGUUUGUGGAUUGUUUUGUUCUCUAAAGUUACCACAUUUGAAGAAAAUGUCUCUAUUGCUGAUUGUGGCCUCAAAUGGUUGUCUUUUUCGACAUAGCAAUACAAUUCACAUUAAUAGAGGAUAUUCCAUUUAAUACCAGAAAAAGUGUACAAUCACAUUGUCCCUGAGAUAUACAUGUAACCUAAUGACCAGAAUCCCUGUUUCUUCAAUGUAUUUAUUUAAAUAUAUUCAUCAUUUUGAGAAAUAAAGUCAAUAAUCCUGCCAUUAAACCCCCUGACUUAUUAGGGAGCUUAAGCCACUACGACGGUGACAGGUACAGAAACGUUCACUUAAAGAGUGAAUUUGUGCUGUCCUGAACUCUAUCACCCUUAUUCCAUCUCGUUCAAUUUGUCAAAUGUUGGCAUUUUUUUCUGGAGUUGAAUUCUAAAGGACUGUGUCAAGGUACAGGAAAAGAAAAAGAAAGUCGUUGUCUUCUGUUCGCGUCCUCCACUAAACAUGAAAUUAGGCAUUUUCACGUCGUAGUCAUGCAGUGAUGGCAAAGAAAUGUAUAAAAAUGUGCGAUGGGCAUGCAAAGUUGUUGUUUUGCUUAUCAAAUCUAUUGGUUUUUGGCCAUUCUCUUCGCCAUCGGCAUCGCCGUCAUCAUUGCCUAAGCUCCUUAUUGAGUAAGAUCAAAAUCCCUCUGCUUGCAGGGUGAUGCAUGAAAAUCUAAUUGAGUUGAUUUUUUAGGGAAGACAAGGCCAGCAUAAAACUGCCAAGGAAUAUGACAGAUGCCCAAGGCCUGGGGAAAGCCUUGUCUAAUUACACUGAGAAGUACUUCACUCAAGUUCUUGGAGGAUAUGUUGUUAUAUAUAUUUUGUAUCCUUCUGAUUGUAAUGCACUAACUGUUAUGUUUACAUUGUCAUAAGUUUUACUUGGAAAUUACAUUAAAUGUAAUUUAAUAGUAAAAUUUUUACCAGCUAAAAUGAUAAAAUACAAGUAAUAACUAUUAUUGUCUGUAGGUUUCAAAAAUAAUCCCCUUGCAACCAUCCCAGUUGUUUGUUAAUCUUAUAACCACCAUUUACUUUUCAUGGUAGGAAAUCCAAGAACAGAAAAAUUAUAAUAAUUGUCUAAAUGUUGAAAGAUGCUUUUGGGUACUAAUAAGCCAUUAAUUUUGCAUGACAACGUCAUUGUACUAUUACGACUAGAAUCCUUCAAGGUUUCGCUUUCUCAUUCAAAUUAGUGCUUUUGUUAUUUAAAUCUUGCUGGGAUUAACAAAUUUAGGUAUGAAAGGAAACCCGGAAAGGAUUCGUGGUCUUGGUAGUAAAAUGACACCGUCGUGUAAAUGGCCUAUUAUAUUGAGAUAUAUAUAUAACAGCCAACUUGUUUUAAUUAACUCAUGUGGUUAAAAAGUCUUAACUUCUUUUUGAUAGCUUACAAACAUUUGCAAUUCCUGGAUCAAUUUUUCUCAGUAUUUUAUCAGGAUUCUUGUUCCCUUUUCCCUUAGCACUAUUUCUUGUCUGUCUGGUGAGUAAAUAGUAUUAUAGCAUAACAACAGUAAACUAGUUCUCUGAUUGGUCCAUUUUCUCUUUGCCUCUGAUUCCAUCUGAUAAAAGCCAGCACCCAGUCUUUGUAGUAGGUGUCAAUACAUUUGUGUGUGUAAUAUUAUGAAAUUUUCAAUUUAGUGAAGUUACUCAAGAAUUUUUUCCAAUAAUCAUUAUAAUUGCAAGAAAGUUUGCAUGACAUUAGCUCUGAAACUCAAAAACAUGAAACUCACGUUCAAUGCACAUGAAUAUUCAUUCUUCUGAGUACCAUAUUUGGGAAACAAAACUCUGCGUGUGAAGCACACUGUUUUUGCAUUUCUUUGUCGAUACUGCACAACUACGACAUGAAAUGUCGUAAUUUCAUGUUUUAUGAAGGACGUGAACAGGAGAAAACUAUUUAAUGUUUCUUUCUUAGAAUGCAGUGUUUUAGAAUUCAACUCCAGAAACAUUCACCAACAUUAAUUGACAAAUUGAAUGAGUUGGAAUAAGAGCCAAGAAGUUUGAAGCAACCCAAAUUUACUUUUUGUGUGAUAUGAUGUUUUCGUAACUGUCGGUGUCAUAGUUGCUAAAACUCGCUAUUUUUUUAGCAGGCAGGGAUCUGGAGUAAAAUCAUGUCAUUUUGUGUGCGAAGUUUGAUUUGUUUGGUUAUCUUUUCCUCUCAUUCCAAAUAUAGUACUUGUGAAAAUGAAUGAGCAUCGGACAAAGAGAACAUAUGAGAAUUACACGUUUCAACCCCUUAUGAGUUUCUGAUUAGCUUUGAUAGUUUUUUUUUAACCGAAAAAAGUAUUACAAGCUACCUUGACCAAUUUAGACCAGAACAAUAAAUUGAAAUGCCUAUAGAUGUAUAAUAAAAAGUUGUACUUAAAUUAUACUUAUUUAUACAUGCAUUCACAUCACUGGAGACAGAAGGGCACAUUAUCAGGGAACAAAAACCAGUUCCAGAUAAGUUCAGAAGUGUUUGAAUUCUGUGCUUCUUUUUGACCAGAAAAUUUUUUUGUUUUAGUGAGAGAGCAGAGAAUCGAACCCAGGAGCUCUCCCACUUUUAUUGAAACUAUGGGUGCAGCAAAGUGUGCCAGGCACCAUUCAAUCCCAAAUAACUGACCGUGAAUCUCAGAGACUGAACAUAGUAGCGGUCAAGCUUUAUAUUAUGGUCACCUGACAACUUCCCAAAAUAUUCAGCUGCCUUAUAUUUUCUGCAAGGUUGACCUGUAAAUAGCAAUCACCCUGUAUAUAACAGUCACCUUUCCAUUUCCCAGGAGUGAUCAUUGUACACAGGUUUGACUGUAACAACAAACCAUGUUAAGUAUUUUAUUUGUUCAUACUCUAGCUUCAGAUCAGCGCGAUUGACUAUUCAUCUGGCCCCAGUUGUUCAAAAGAUGGAUAUGUGCUAUCUCUAUCCAGUGGAUAACAUAAUUGGUUUUCAUAAUACAAAUCCACUGGGUAGCAAAUAUUAUUUAAGCAGUGGAUAGCCCUAUCCAACUUUUGAACAACAAGGGCCUGAUACACAACUGUCACUUUGUUUUUAGUGUUCCAGUGUAGGUGCAUCGUUCUGCUACUUAUUAUUCUACUUGGUUGGUCGUCAGUUAGUGCAACAUUACUUGCCAGAGAGAGUUAAUCAGUGGCAGGAGCAGGUAUUAUUGCUGAUAUUAAUUUAAUAUUAGUGUUUUAUUUCUUAAUCAUUAAUAGUCCCUCUCUGAGGUAACUGUUGGUGCAAGAGCUUUGGUUUUUGAACUAUUACAAUUUAGUCAAAUCCAACUAGUGGUCUAUUAUCAAUGCUGCAUUCUGAUUGGUUGAGCUACUACUAGGCUAUAUGUUAUAGCCCCCUAGUAGCGAAAAGCGCAGGCUUUUUGGCAGCAAAAAGGAUUAAAGUCUAGCUUUUAAGUAGAUAAAAUUUUUUUUAUUCUCGAUAUUUUUGACCAACUAGUUGCAUUUUACUGAAACAAUUAUUAUUCCUCUCGCCCUCAUGGCCUCUGAGUCAAUAGACCAUUCGGCCUUCAGCCUCAUGGGCUAUUGACUCAGAGCCAAUUCGGGCUUGAGGAAUAAUUGUUAAAUAUAUAGUUGAACCACCAUUUGCAACCACUUCUCACAAAGUGACCACCUUUUGGCCUCAUGGUUUUAUAGAUUUCCAUUGUUUUUAAACUCUUGAAAAGUUGAUGUGGUCUAGUCUCUUUGUGCACUGUAUGUGUUAUGCCAGUCAUGGUACAUGAAGAACUUUUCGUGACAGCAUGGAACUACACAUAUAUGUAACUUGGAAAUUGCAUGCAAUAAAUUCUUUGCCAAAAAGAAGAUGUGUCUGGACCUCAUCCUGGAGAGACCACCUGUGGUUUGAUUCUUUUAAGCGACCACCCCCCAUAAACAACAACUAAAUCUUCACAGUUUGGGUGGUCGUUUACGAGCAGUUUGACUGUACAAUCAUCACCACCUUUGACCUUAAAAAGUCACUCUAGCUAUAGAUGUAUGGUCUCAAAAUAUCUAGGAUGAAAUAUUUCCUGCUAGUUUCAUUUUUACACAAUGUUGAUUUAAGACAAACCUCUGGAAUCCAGGGUUUCUGAAUAAGAAUUUAUUAGUAAACCCACAAGAGGCUAAAGUGGGUUAACUGCCUGUAACCUCGAGUCAGAGAAUUACCCAAUUUUUUCUCAUUAAAGCAUUAUUUUAUACUCUCUAGCAUUUAAAUUAUUUGAAGUGCUAUGUGUUGGUGCUAUUAUUUUGAUAAUAUAAUUUUUAUAUUUCUUUUUAACAGGUCUCCCACCACCGAGACAACCUCUUAAGCUAUAUAAUAUUUUUGCGUAUCACUCCAUUUCUUCCCAACUGGUUUAUUAACAUCACCUCACCAGUUAUAGGAGUUCCACUUUUACCAUUUUUCAUUGGCACAUUUGUAGGUAAGUAUGUUAAAUAAAAACAUCAGGCAGUUUACAUGUAAAUCAUCCAACUAGUGCAACAAGAAAGAAGUGUGAGAAAUGGAGUUUACAUCUUCACUGUAUUCUGAAGAAUAUUUUUGCUUAAUGAUUGUGAUGAUAAUUUGACUUAAAUUAACACAAUUUUUUUAAAUCCGCAUUUAUUUCCCAUAAUAUUAAUUGUAAUUGUACUGUAAAUUGAAUUGCGAACAUCAAGAUUUGAACUUAUGAUCUCCCAAACACUGGCCAUUUACUAGAUUUGAAUUAUACCACCAGUAUCAGGAAUUAUAAUACUUAUACAGUAGUCUAUUACUGUACUUUUGAAGUUUCACCCAUAUAUUAAUGGUUAUCUCUUUUUCAAUUAUCACUUGUUAAGCACAGCAUUUGAUGAAUCAGCAUUACAGUAGCAAAACUUUUAUGAUGAGCUAUUUGUAAUUAUUGUUCUAGAAAUUUAACACUUGACACUUUAAUAAUAAUAUUUACUCAUUUUUUGUUUCCAUUUCAUCAGGAGUGGCUCCACCAUCAUUUGGUUUUAUCGGUGCAGGGGUUGAGUUGCAUGAACUGACAACUACAGGAGAUGUAAUGUCUUUCAAGUCAGUCAUGAUUGUUAUAGUCUGUGCCAUACUAUCACUAUUUCCAGUCGUUUUUAAGAGACAAUUGAAGGCCAAGAUACAAUAAUUAUCACUAGAAAAUAUUUAAAUAUUAGUUUAGGCUUUAUAGUGAAACAGGUGGGUCAGGAUUGAAACGUAUUGUAAUAAAAUCAUCAUUAAUAUGGGUCAUAAGUGAAAGUUUUUCAAAAGGGGCAUUGGUAAAAUCUGGAAAAACAGGUGAUAUGGUAAAGAAAAAUUAUUUACUGCUGAUCAAAAAGUAACCUGCAUAGCAUGGCAGUUUUGUCAGGUUUCUUGUUGCUCCCACCCCAAUCGCCUCGCAGUUUCACUGCGCUCGCCCACCUUGGCUUGGUUGCAUGCCUGACCAAAACUGCUAUGCUAUGCAUGCUAAUACAAAAGUUAAGCAUGCAUUUAAAAACGUUAUUUAUUGUCUACACAUGUAUUGUUUUUGUUUUCCGAAGCAAGAUUUUAUAAGAAAGUACUGCAAAAUUAAUGUUUGGUUUAGAUGAUCUAGGUUUUAGUUCAUUUAUAUAAAUUGUACUAGAGGUAUUAUUACUGAUGAAAACAAGCUUGCAAUUGGCUUUGUGUAAGAGUUAUUUUAAAAUACAACACUGUAAGUACAUUUGCUAGGCAGAUUGCCAUGCCAGUUUGAAAACUGAUCCAUUUUUGUUUUUGCCUUGUAUUUAUUCAUGGAUAAGGUUUCCAUAAAGAAUAAAAUUUCGUGUCAGAUUGUGAUUCAAUUUUUUCGUUGGCGUGGAAAAUUUGAAUCAGUUAUUACUUCUUUUUCUGCUGUAUUGUUACUGUUGGUGACACAAGUCGUGUAUAUUUCUCAGAGCGAUGACAUCUAAUAGUGUGAGGAAGUAGCUGGAAAAAGAAAACUGUAGCAUUGUUGAGAAACGUUUUGGGUGUCAAGAUGUCAACAAUUGCUGAUGUUCAAUAAAACAAUUCAGUUCCACUAUACAAUAUACUAAUCUCUAUUUGUCAGAGUAAUAGAGUCCAUCCUCCAUGUGCGACCACCUAUCCAGAACACCCCAAUUUUUACCAUUCAAAACCUUACAGUUGGAACCUCUCGUAAACGACCAAUUCCUGUAAGCGAUCGCGACCAUUUUUGGGGGCUGAUGGUUUAUAAUUUCCAUUGUUUUUAACUUCUUGUAAGCGACCACAUGACGCAUU